AUGUCAUCAACCAAUGGAAUCUUAACGCUGUGCACUACAGACACAAGAUUCACGUGGGACACGAGCAGCAACAGCAGCAUGGCACCAACCAGUACACCUCUAUGCAAGGACGCGUUCGAGGAGUUCUUCGGACACUGUCCUCUGACGGCACCGGUCACCACCACCAGCAACCUCAUGACAGAGUUUCACCUAAGCGAGAGCUCCGAUUCGUGGAUCGACGACUUUGAGAGCCUGGAGAGCGUGAUCGAAUGUGCAAAUCACAAGACAAAAAAGAUCAAAACCCUUGUUGGCGAAAGGAACAAGCAUCCUAUGUGCUCAAAAUGCUGUGGAUACAUGUUUAGCAACAGCUUCAGUAAGGGCAUCCUGUUCGCAACUAUCCAGAUGAGAUGA